AUGGAGUAUCUGGGACAUAUCAUCACUGGAGAGGGAGUUAAAGCUGACCCAGCCAAGAUUGAAUGUAUGCUCAAAUGGCCAGUACCAUAUACCUUGAAGGAACUCAUAGGGUUCCUAGGUCUUACUAUAUACUAUAGAAAAAUUUUGCAAGGAAAUGGAGUUAUAAGUAGACCUCUGAUAGAGUUGCUUAAAAAGGACAACUUCCAUUGGAAUACUACAUUUGAAGCCCUCAAGCAAGAUGUCACCACAACUCCAGUGCUAGUACUGUCAGAUUUCACUCUACCCUUUGAAAUAGAGACUGAUGCAUGUGAUACAUGA